UCAAUCAAUCAAUCCUCUUUCUCAAGUGUUAAAACCACACACAUUUCUCCAGUUUUCUUCUCUAAACAAUCUCUUUCUUUGGUCUGAACACACCAUGCCUGAGGCACCAAAGAACUCAGAUUACAAUCUUGUAGAGAAGAACAAGAAGAGCCUUGAGUUCAUUGAAAAUGUUACAACAAACGCUGAUGAGGUUCAGAAGAAGGUUCUUGGAGAGAUCCUCUUUCGCAAUGCCCAUGUUGAGUAUUUGCAUAGACAUGGCCUUAAUGGUCACACUGAUAGAGACACUUUUAAGAAAGUCAUGCCAGUCAUCACUUAUGAAGAUAUCCAGAAUGAUAUCAAUCGUAUUGCCAAUGGAGAUACCUCUCCAAUUCUCUGUUCUAAGCCCAUUUCUGAGUUUUUGACAAGCUCUGGGACAUCAGGAGGGGAGAGAAAGUUGAUGCCAACAAUUGAAGAAGAGCUAGAGAGGAGGUCUCUACUUUAUAGCUUAUUGAUGCCUGUAAUGAGCCAGUAUGUUCCUGGUUUAGACGAAGGCAAAGGAAUGUACUUUUUGUUUAUAAAAUCUGAGGCCAAGACUCCCGGUGGCCUUGUGGCUCGCCCAGUUUUAACGAGCUACUACAAAAGCUCUCAUUUCAUAAACAGGCCUUUUGACCCUUCGACAAACUACACUAGCCCAAAUGAAACCAUUUUGUGCCCAGAUUCCUACCAAAGUAUGUACUCUCAACUGCUUUGUGGCCUUUGCCAGAACAAAGAAGUCCUUAGAGUUGGUGCUGUUUUUGCCUCUGGGUUCAUUAGGGCGAUCAGAUUUCUUGAAAAACAUUGGCCUCUUUUGGCUAAUGAUAUUAGAACUGGCACCAUUGACCCCCAGAUCACUGACCCAUCUGUCCGUGAAGCAGUCACGAAGAUCCUUAAACCAGACCCAAAACUUGCUGAUUUUAUUGAAAAUGAGUGCAGUAAGGUUUCCUGGCAAGGGAUCAUAACAAGGUUAUGGCCCAACACUAAGUAUGUGGAUGUUAUUGUGACUGGGACCAUGUCACAGUACAUCCCAACUCUUGAUUACUAUAGCAAUGGUCUCCCUCUUGUUUGCACCAUGUAUGCCUCCUCCGAGUGCUAUUUUGGUCUCAACCUUAACCCUCUUUGUAAACCAAGUGAAGUUUCCUACACCCUUAUACCAACAAUGGCCUAUUUUGAGUUCUUGCCGGUUCAUAGAAACAAUGGUGUCACUAACUCUAUUUCCAUGCCCAAAUCACUCAAUGAGAAGGAGCAAAAAGACUUGGUGGAGCUUGUUGAUGUCAAGCUUGGCCAAGAAUACGAGCUUGUAGUCACCACUUAUGCAGGACUUUAUCGCUAUAGAGUUGGUGAUGUGCUGAGAGUGGCUGGAUUUAAGAACAACGCACCACAAUUCAACUUCAUAUGCAGGAAAAAUGUGGUGCUGAGCAUUGAUUCAGAUAAAACUGAUGAGGUUGAGCUGCAAAACGCUGUCAAGAAUGCAGUGAACCAUUUGAUGCCCUUUGAUGCAACUCUUGCUGAGUACACAAGCUAUGCAGAUACCACAACAAUCCCUGGUCAUUAUGUGUUAUAUUGGGAAAUUACCCUCAAUGGGACAACCCCAAUUCCUCCCUCAGUCUUUGAGGAUUGUUGCUUAACAAUUGAAGAGUCACUCAACAGUGUAUACCGCCAAGGCCGUGUGUCAGAUAAGUCAAUUGGACCUCUUGAGAUAAAGAUUGUUGAGCUAGGGACUUUUGAUAAGCUCAUGGACUAUGCCAUUAGUUUAGGUGCAUCAAUAAACCAGUACAAGACCCCAAGGUGUGUGAAAUUUGCACCCAUUGUUGAGCUUUUGAACUCAAGGGUUGUUUCAAGCUACUUCAGUCCCAAAUGUCCCAAGUGGGUUCCUGGUCUCAAGCAAUGGAACAACAGAGCAACUACAAGAAUUGAAGAAAUCAAUGGCAAGACUACUCUUUGAAUCUUUAGUAUUAGCUUUUCAUGGAGGUUCACAAGAACUGUUUUCGUGAUCAUCUUAGGAAAAUGUUAAGCAUCCUUUUUAGGUUAACCCCAUGUCUUUAAUGUUUUUCUUUUUUCUUUUUUUUAACUGUUGUUUAUGAUGCAUAGGGACUAUAGUCUUGUACAAAAACGGUUCCUGUUUCAAGGAAAGCUUUUAAAUUUCCACUUCUAAUUGAUUGGGCUCU